AUGUUAAGUGUAAUUGAAAGUAUUCGAAUGAGAUUAAAAAAACGUGUUGGUUGUUUUGGUUUAUAUGGUUAUGAUUUUAUGAUUGAUCAAGAUAUGAAAGCUUGGUUAAUUGAAAUAAAUGUUAAUCCAGCAUUAACAACAAAUACAAAUACACUUAUUCAAGCUAUUCCACCUGUUGUUAAAGAAUCUAUUUUAUUAUCAAUUGAAUGUUUUGAAAAAAUUCGUCAUGAACGAAAAGAUUCAUUACCAUAUAUUGAAAAAAAGUGUGCUAUAACAUCUUUACCAAAUACACGAAAAGGACAAUUAUCACCAAUAAAUAAUUUUCCAACACGUUCAAAUACAAUGAAUUCUGGUAAAAUUUUACAAAAACAAAAUGAUCAAAAAAUAUUAUCUACAGAAAAAGCAAUAUUAUCAUAUCAAACACGUCAAAAAGAUGAACGUCCAUAUUCAAUGAAUUAUAAUGAACGUUUAUCAUCUUCAUUUAAAAUAAAUAAUUCAAUUACAUAUGAAAAAGAUUCGAUGUUAAUUAAAUAUCAAACAAUUCAAAGAUAUCGAACAAAUUUUGAAAUUUUAAAACCAGCAACUGUUAUUGCUGAAGAAUGGGACAAUUUAGAUGAUAUACAAAAAAAUCGUCUAUCAAUUGGAGGUUCAAAAAGUCUUAUACUUAUUUCAAAAUGUUCAACUAGAAAUAAAUCUAAUAAAACUCUUCAAACAUAG